AUGCAGCUGCCAUGGGCAGGGCAUGACAAUCAUGCAGCUCUCCUCCCUACGGCCAGUAUACCGACCAUAAGCGGUCUGACUGGCGAGCCAUCCGAUACCGAGAAACCUCCAACGCGACCUCGCCACGUCAGGACCACGUCGACGCAGGCUCGGAGUCUAGCAGAUGAAUUCUCCUACAUGACGCCUAGCGAGGCGGCUGCCCGGCUUCGAACCUCCCUAUCACAGGGACUUCAUCCGAACGAUGCUCUAAAGCGACUUGGCGAAUACGGCCCGAACGAGAUUCCCCAUGACCCCCCCGAACCUAUAUGGUUGCGCUUCGUCAAGCAGUUCCAAGAGCCUUUGAUUCUACUUCUCCUGGCGUCUGCUGGUACGUCGCUCUUGCUAGGCAAUACCGACGAUGCCCUCAGCAUCGCGGUCGCAGUGACCAUUGUGGUCUCUGUGGGAUUUGUUCAGGAAUAUCGGUCCGAGAAGUCUAUCGAGGCGCUCAACCACCUCGUACCGAAUCACGCCCAUCUUGUUCGGGGACCUGGAAGCAAGUCAGCGAGCAUGGCGCGAACGCCAACGUGGCCUCCACCAAGCGAAGAGCGCGCCCCUACGCCGGGAACCACAACGCCUGUGGAGGCAGUACUCGAUUCUGCCUCGUCAAAGGUCAUGGCCUCGCAACUGGUGCCCGGGGACUUGGUGUUAUUCACAACGGGUGACCGCAUUCCGGCCGAUAUACGUGUUACCAAGGCUUCGGAUCUCUCCAUCGACGCGUCCAACCUGACGGGCGAGACUGAGCCGGUCUGCAUCGGCUCAGAGGCUCGCACCCGCAAUGUGAGCUCCUAUGGGCUCAUACCACAACCGCCAAGUAAAGCAGCACUUGCGCCCGGGGAUUCUCGUGCUGGUGCUUCGGAGCCUGACCAGAACGUGGUUGCCAUGGGAACUUUGGUGAAGUCGGGGCAUGGUCAGGGUAUAGUGUUUGCGACUGGUGGCCACACGCACUUUGGCACAAUUGCCGCGAGUGUAUCGGGCACCGAAAGCCCACGGUCGCCUCUACAGCUUUCCAUGGAUGAUCUGGGUUCGCAGUUGAGCAAAGCUUCUUUCGUGGUCAUUGGACUGAUCUCCCUUGUCGGCUGGUUGCAGGGGAAGAAGCUGCUCGAAAUCUUCACCAUCUCGAUAUCACUGGCCGUGGCUGCCAUCCCUGAAGGUUUACCGAUCAUCGUCACGGUCACGCUGGCUCUGGGUGUCCAUCGCAUGGCUAAGCUCAAUGCGAUUGUACGCCGGAUGCCCAAGGUUGAGACUUUGGGAUCAGUCAACGUUGUUUGCACUGAUAAAACUGGAACGUUGACGACAAAUCACAUGACGACUGCCAAAAUCUGGUACUUUGGCGCACAGGAUGCCCUCGAUGUCCAGUCAGACGACGAAGACACUGAAGAGGAGCCUACAGCCGCCUCGCUGCGCAUUAUGCGCAUUGGAAACAUUGCAAACAAUGCAAGACUCGGUCAGAAGUUUACGGAGAACGGCGCAGCUACGAACGCUGUUCUUUCUUCAACUAUGGGUCGGGGCGAUGCCAAUAUGCAUACGAGAUGGGUCGGCCAGCCCACGGAUGUAGCCAUGCUCGACCUUCUAGACCGAUUCAAGGAGCACGAUGUACGCGACUCGAUUGGCCCUCGCGUGCUCGAGACGCCUUUCAGCUCUGAGCGGAAGUACAUGGGAGUAGUCAUCGGCGGCGACUCGAAGAACGAUAGGGAGUUUGCAUACAUGAAGGGCUCGAUCGAGAAGGUCAUUGCUGCUUGCGACACGUACCUGGACAAGGAUGGGCGAGAGAUCGUACUGGACGCGUCUCGCCGCAACGAUGCCAUGCAGGCUGCAGAGGCCAUGGCGGUCAAGGGACUCCGAGUCAUUGCCUUUGCGAGCGGCCAUGUUAGAUGGUCGAAGAACAAGUCGAACCGCAAUGGCACCCCUAGCGCAGAAGCAGCAAUUCCGCGUGGCGAAGAUGUGUACAAGGGACUGACGUUUGCUGGUCUCGUGGGAAUGAGGGACCCGCCUCGCCCGGGCGUGGGCCGCUCGAUCAGGAGGUUGAUGAGAGGAGGAGUCAAGGUCAUCAUGAUCACUGGCGAUGCCGAGACCACAGCCCUUGCCAUUGGCAAGCAGCUAGGCAUGAACGUGGCUACGCCGAGCGCCCACACCAAAGGGCAGUCAACUGUGCGGUCUGUCAUGAGUGGUGAUGAGGUUGACGAGUUGUCCGAGUUCGACCUGGCUCAAGCCAUGGAGCACACGACCAUCUUUGCGCGAACCAAUCCAGACCAUAAGCUCAAGAUCAUCCGCGCUCUGCAGUCAAGGGGCGAUAUUGUCGCAAUGACUGGCGAUGGUGUCAACGACGCUCCGGCUUUGAAAAAAGCAGACAUUGGUAUAGCAAUGGGACGCAACGGCACUGAUGUUGCCAAGGAGGCUGCGGACAUGAUCCUCACAGAUGACGACUUUUCAACCAUUUUGCGAGCCAUUGAAGAGGGCAAAGGCAUCUUCAACAACAUCCAGAACUUCUUGACGUUCCAGUUGAGCACAAGCGCAGCUAGUUUGUCGCUGGUCUUCCUGUGCACAUGUUUUGGUUUCAAGAAUCCGCUUAACGCCAUGCAGAUUCUUUGGAUCAAUAUCAUUAUGGACGGCCCUCCAGCUCAGUCUCUGGGAGUCGAAAGGGUCGACCCUGAUGUCAUGAACAAGCCGCCACGCAAGCGCAAUGACCCUGUCUUGACCGAGGCCCUGAUUAAACGAGUGCUGACUUCCGCUACGAUUAUCAUGCUCGGCACCAUGCUUGUCUACCUUCGGGAGAUGCGCGACGGCGAGGUAACGAAACGCGACACCACCAUGACCUUUACGUGUUUCGUCUUCUUUGACAUGUUCAAUGCGUUAGCAUGUCGAUCAGAGUCGAAAUCAGUACUGCGCGGAGAGGUCGGUCUGACCUCGAACAACCUUUUCGACUGGGCAGUGUCGCUCAGCGUCAUUUGUCAGUUGCUGGUCAUUUAUUUCCCAUGGCUACAGUCCACGUUCCAGACAGAGGGCGUUGGAUUUUUCGACCUGGUCAGACUCGUGUUCCUUACAGUUUGCCUCCCGCCAAUGUCUGCCCAUUCCUACGGCGCCGCCCCUCACGACAAUGGCAUUGUCGCAACAGCAGCAGCAGCUCCCGCCGCCAUAGCGAAUGCCACCUCUGAAGUCGAACUCCGCGCUGCCCUAUCAGACCUUCAUGCCCGCGAAACAACGAUCACGAAACGACUCGAUGGCUUGGUAUCCUCGCAGGCGAACCUCUCGCGGGACUUGGGCCGGCUGGACCUUCUCAGAGCUGGCCUGAGUGCGCAGGUCAUUGCCGCAAGGAGCAUCAGCAAUGACAUGCUCUCGACGGCCGCCGAUACGGCGGGCAGGCUCAGCAAUCGGGUCAAAGAGUUGGAUCUGGAGAAGAGUCGGGUGGAGGAUACCCUGCGUGUCGUCGAGCAGGUCGCGGAGCUCAAGGCCUGUGUGCAUGGCGUGGUAGGCUCCAUGGGCGCACCGCAAGAUUGGGAGGCAGCAGCCGGCUACCUGGAUCGUGCGUCCCGCGUGCCCGAGGAGAUUGCGCGGGGAGCCUUCGCGGCCAGCAUCGUACCCAAUGUGGAGGUUCCGGAUGCUCCCUGGGUGACGCUCGAGAACAGCAGGGAGAGCCUGUGCGGGCUGUUUCUCAGAGAGUUUGAGAAGGCGGCAAGCGAAGGCGACGGAACCAAGGUGACGAGAUUCUUCAAGCUGUUCCCCCUGAUUGGGCGUGCCGACGUUGGCCUGGAUGUCUAUGGGCGCUACGUCUGCCAGGGCGUUGCCGGGACGGCGAGGGCGACGCUCAAGGACGGCUUUGGCGGCAGCGUGCGCAAGGAGGGCCUUUUCUAUGCAAACGCGCUGACCAAGCUGUUUGAGCACAUUGCGCAGAUCGUGGAGGGUCACGGCGGCCUUGUGGAGCGCCACUACGGCUCCGGCAAGAUGGUGCGCGUGAUAGAGCGUCUGCAGAUGGAGGCCGAUGUCCAGGGCGGCAUCAUCCUCGACACCUGGAGCGAUGAAAGGAAUAUUGACAGGAAGCUGACCGACGUCAAAAGCUAUCCCUUCUCAUUCCUUGUCCAAAGCUUUCUACCACAACCACCCAAGGGCGCCACACCCAGAGUGAACUCACCAGCUGUGGGCGCAGGGGCGAACGUUCGAAGCAGCGAGGACGAAGGUGUCAAUAUGAAGGAGGUGGAUGGGUUGCUCAAUGAGAUUGCCAUUAUGCUUGGGCGAUGGUCAUUAUACACAAGAUUCCUCGCAGGCAAAUGCAUCCCCACACACACAGCAGAAGAUCCCACUUUGACCGUGCCGGAGGUCCUGAUUAAGUCAGCGCUAUACCGCAAAGUCACGGGCAAGCUCGUCAGCCCGUACAAUGUCAUGUCGACAUUCUUCUUCCGCCGAUCAGUCGAGAAGGCGUUCCAGCUCGACGAGUACCCUAGUGGGUUGUCACUCAGUCUCAACAGACCCAUUGACGGCAAUGCGCCUUUUAUUAUCCUGGCAGUGGACGAUGUCAUGUACAUUGUCAAUGCAGUCAUUCAAAAAUCGAUAUCAACCUCCCAGAGAGACAUCAUUGCCUCUGUCGUCCCUACCAUCGGGAGGGUUCUCAGUUCGGAUUUCGUGGGUAUGAUCCAACGCAAGAUGCGAGACGAGUCGUACCCCAAGCCUAUCGUUCAGGGAGGAUUUCCACCGGAAGACAAGAUCAUACAAUUUAUUGUGUUGAUCAACAGUCUGGACAUGGCCAACGAAUAUCUGACGAGAAUCAUACAAGGAGGUCUAGGCGUCAAUGACGGCGCAGUAAAUGGUGUCCCGACGCAGGGUCCCUUGAAAGACGCCUUUCCGUUCGAAAGGGACGUCGCAUUUGUCGCCAAUGCGCUCAGCACACUCGAGUCAACCUUUGUGGCCAAAACUACCGAACUACUCAACGAGGGAAUCCAGGUACUAUUCAACCAGGUUGUCAAGCUGCGUUUGCGGCCUGUUCUUACGGAUACAUUCCGCGAUGCGGACUACACUCUCGUGGAAGACGAGAUUGCCGAGCUGGCCCGCCAGAAUGACGAGGACGAGGAUGAAUACUUGGCACAGGUACCUCGCCGCUUCGAGCACGGAUGGGAUCUGCUUAUGAAGUCGAUCGCCCGUCUGAUGACGCCUGCCACAUUCAGCAGUCUGCUGGACCUUACGGCCCGCUAUCUCUCCAAGGUUCUGGAGAAGAGGAUAUUGAGCCCCUCGGCAAGGACCAACCCGUACGGAGCCAUACGUAUGGAACGAGACUUUACAGCCAUCGUCAACACAGUAUCUGGGGGCGACUAUGUGGUCAGAGAGGUGUUUGCCAAAGUGACGCAGCUACUCAUGGUGGCGAACAUGGAAGACGAUGAGUGGGAGGAAAUUCAAGAGCUAGGCGAUGAAGAUGGCAUUGACUGGGUCUUGACAGAGGAUGAAAGGAAAAAGGCGCGGAGUUUGGUCAGGAUAUUGUAG